AUGCCGCGCUUUCGGCCCGGUAUAGCGCUGGUGUUUGGCCUCUUGUUGGUAUACUUUGUGUUCUGGCGCGGUCUCGCGACCCACGGAGUUACCCAACAUACUGUUGACAUUUUCGAUGGAAGUGAGACACAUUCAGGUGUAGGGAGUGUGGGCUUGGAUGAAGAUAACCUUGUGGGGAACGAUAUCUACGACGACAAUCCUGCUCCGCCAUCCCCUAAACCUCCAAGUUCUAAACCUCCAAAUCCUAAAGCUCCAAGUCCGAAAGCUUCAAGUCCUAAACCCCCAAGCCCUACGGCUGCGAAUCCCGAAGUUGCUACCGAGGAACCGGAUGUUGAAGAACAGGAGCCAGACGCUGAGGAUAGUAGCCCCAGCCUCCAGGAGCAGUUCUGGGAGGAGUAUGAGAAGUUGGGCAGGAACGAGACUGCCGGUGCCAUAUUUGGUAGCACAAUAAACCACCUCGUUGACUCGGGAGGUCAUGCUGGGUUUGCAGCCGCAGCAUUGACUCCCGCGAAGUCCCCCAUGCCUUAUAGUCAGAAUCCGUUGUACAGAUACAGUCCCUAUCCCGAAUAUAAUACCAAGGCAUGGAACACGAGCAAUUUCGGGACAUAUCGGCCCUGCGAGGGGCCUACUGGGCCGGUUGGAGACGUACGGGUGUUCGAUGGGCAUCCAGCAAUGUUUGAAGAACCAUUGAUGGGCUCAUACGUUCCUUUAGAUAUCGACAGCAACCUUUGUUUUGAAAGGCAAACUCGGCUUGGUGCAUAUGGCUUUAUCGAGGAAAAUUUUCCCAGUGCGCCUAAUAUUACUAAACGGGCUCCUACCAACGACGCGUCGGCGACUACCAAUUGGGGAGAGUUACAACGUGUAUGUGCCCAGUUAAAUGCAGACAGGUUUGCCGAAACUCAGGCCAACUCCUCCAACUCCCACAAGACGGAGGGCCGCUUGAAUUCAACAGCCUCGGUCAAUGGAACUAGGCUACACAGGAGGAAUGAUACAAUUGUAGAUGAGGCGGAAGCUCGAAAGCAAGGUUUGCAUGGCCUGCCUAAGCAUGAUAUCAAACCGAAACCACGGACAGCCGUCCUUAUUCGGACCCAUUCAGGACAACAAUUCACGAAAAACGACCGGCAGAGUAUUCGUUCUCUAAUUACAGAGUUAUCAUUGCGCAGUGGAGGGGAAUACCAGGUCUGGCUUAUGAUGGAGGUAACCGAUCCCGAUAUCCCGAUAUGGACCGAUAGCGACGCAUAUGACUUUGCACUCGAUUCCUACGUACCAACCGAGUUUCACAACAUGACGAUAAUGUGGAACGCGGCCAUCACAAAGGAUUGGUACCCUGAACUCCCUCAGACAUCCAAAACUGAGGGAAAGGCCCAUUGGCUUGUCGUCCAGAAGUUCUCUCAGGAUCAUCCUGAAUAUGAAUUUGUCUGGAAUUGGAACAUGGAUAUGCGAUAUACAGGGCACCACUAUAACUUACUUGAGAAGUUGGCAGACUUUGCCCGAGUUCAGCCCCGGAAAGGCCUGUGGGAACGCAAUGAACGAUUCUACAUUCCCUCCGUUCAUGGACCCUAUCAUACCAAAUUCCGGAAAACCAUAGAAGACGCGUAUGGUUCCAAGAUGAUAUGGGGACCACAGUCAAACACAGACAUAACACCCAUUGGUCCACCAAAGCCCGUAUCUGAUCCAACCAAGGAUGACUAUAAAUGGGGAGUAGGAGAAGAUGCAGAUCUUAUUUCUUUAGCGCCUAUUUUCAAUCCCACGAAUACAACGUGGACUGGCCAAUCUGAAGUCUGGGGAACAUUUGGUGGCAAGCUCCAAAGCCGGGCUAGCAUUGGAACACAGAUCCGGAUAAGCAAAAUGCUGCUCAGUGUGAUGCAUGCGGAAAACCUAAAGGGGAAUCACUUAGGAAGUCAAAUAGGACCGGCGACCAUGGCAUUGCUUCAUGGACUGAAGCCUGUUUUUGCUCCGAUUCCAAUGUUUUUUGAUAGAGCAUGGACCGGUGAGAGUCUGCAGAAAUACUUCAAUCCCGGCCCUGAGGGGCAGAGCGGAAGUUCUGAAAACAGUCCGUUUAUCGCUGAGUUCGAGGGGAGAUUUGAUAGCACUACCUGGUAUUCAAAAUCAGCAACACCGAACAGGCUACAUAUAAACUGGUUGGGACGCAAGGACAGCGGGAUUGGUGGUCCCGAGUGGGAGAAGAAAAAUGGAAGGAUAUGCUUGCCACCAAUGCUUAUCGGCGCUCUCACAGGUGUACAGAGGCAUCUCGGCCCGUCCCCCGAGCCAGAUUCAGCUUAA